AUGAGGAUAAGAAUUUUAUUCGUCUUCCUUAAUCUUCUCAAUGCAUCCAUAUCGACAGAUAUUGAAUGUACGUAUGGUCUUGAGUCUUUCUUCGUUACACACUCUUCAUACCGUUGCCUUGUUCAAAACGAUCCAAUCAUCAAUUUACCUAGCAAAGCUUUCAUCAACUCAACAUCUGGAACGCACGAGUCUGGAAAGAAUAAUCAGCAUGUCCUUGGCUUCUUCGCUAAAAACAAAACCAUCAAUUACUUUCCUAAUGGCCUUGAAAAAAUUUAUGACAACAUUAAAGCUAUUGUUAUUGAAAAAUGUCAUUUAAAGGAAAUUCAUCAGUCGGAUGUUAUGGUUUUCCCAAAGUUAGUGGCGAUUGGAUUGCGAUACAAUGACAUAGAAGUUGUCGAACAAAACCUCUUUCAAUACAAUCGUCUUUUAAAGUUGGUGCUUUUCCAUGACAAUAAAGUUUUUCACAUUGACCCUGCUGUAUUUGAUCAUUUGACUAGUUUGAGCUAUUUAGGAUUUAGCAGGAAUAAAUGCAUGAGUAUGUACAUUGAUUCCGGAACCGCGGUUCAAGUCCAGAAAGUAAUAACAGAAAUAAAGUCAAAAUGUACGAACGCAGAAUACAAAUCGAUUGAUGGUAAAUUUAAAGAGCUUGAGAUGGAAUUGUAUCAAAAUAAGGUCAAAAUAUUGGAACAUGAAAUCAACAGCUCUACAAUUCCUAUGGUUUCGACAUUUGCUAUGAGACUUCAAAAGGUUAAAGAUUACAAGCCUUGUGAUAUCGUAGCAAUAGCAGAACAAGCACAAAAGGACAACAUCAAAUCACUUAAAGACCUCGAAAUAUCUACCAAUAAAAUUAAAGCCAUAGAAUCUGAAAAUCAUUCAAACAUCAAGAAUAGAAUAGACCAAAUUGAAAAGUCUCUCUACCAUUCACAAGCAAGUCUAUCAAAAUCACUAAAUGACUCACAAGUUGAAACCUCAAAGCAUCUGAAUGGAAUUAAAGUAGAACAAGCUGGAUUCAACAGAUCAGUACAGGAUAAAUUGAAGCAUCUAUCAAAUAGCAUGGAUAACUUACAGGCAGACACUGCCAAUGCUUUAGAAAACAUCCGGUUAAUCACUAAAUCUUUAAAUCAGAGCAUGACCCAAAAAACCUCAUUUAUUGAUGAAAAGAUAGAAGCACAGUCAACAAUAUUACUAACCGCUUUGAAUAAUGCACAAACGGAAACAGCAAGACAGAUAGAAUCAUUCAAACUUAGUCAUGAUGACAAAGCUAAAGCCACGAAUGAGAAAUUGACGAAUUUAUCAGAAUCUAUGAGUCAAAUCGUGCAGCAAACUAGAAUCGAGGCAAGUGACUGCAAAUAUGAAGUCAUCAAGUUAUUGAACUUGACUAAGUCAUCACUUGAACACAAACUUGCUAUAAUUGAAGAAAAACUCGCCAAUGGGUCAAAAUCAAUUGAAGAUUUAAGCAAUGCUUUCGUUAAGUAUCAGGAAUCAUCAAGAAUCAACAUCAAUGAGUCAGUCACGCUUGAAUCCCUCAACAAUAAAAUUGAAAACAUCGAAAAAACAUUGUCUAAACUGUCAGCACAGAUGGAAGCAGCUGAAAGAAGAUCAAAUUGGAGUCAACAGAACUUGGAUGACAGGCUGAAGAUUCAGAGUCAUAAGAUUGAUAAAAAUUCGGAAUUUAAUGAUUUAUCAACAUCAGCAUUGAUAAUUGUUUGUGGUUUCUUGGGAACACUUGUGAUUAUUAUUCUUUAUAAGAAGAUUUUGUUCCGCAAUGUUGAUUUGGAUGGAGUUUAGGGGUUAUUCACGAAUGGUGUGAAUCGAGAGAUGAUUUAAUGUCAUGACAAUUUAAUUUUUUAACGCUUUAGCUAAGCAGAUCUUAAAUUCACAAUAUCACAA